CUUCAGUUGAUGGACAACAAACUCGCCAACUCAACCCUCCUGAAAAUGUGAAAUAAGUUUCUCUUAAUAUGAGCACAGCACACCUUAAUGAUGCACCCCAUCCCGACAUGUCCGCGGGGAGCGUGCAGACAUUGGUCUCCAGAGCCCUACACCACCAACCAGACCCCGUUACCACUAAGAGGGUAUGUUUCUACAAGAGCGGGGACCCUCAAUUCACAGGGCACCGUAUGGUCAUCAACAGCCGCACUUUUAAAACCUUUGAUGCCCUUCUAGACACCCUCUCUAAGAAAGUGCCUCUGCCAUUUGGGGUAAGGACCAUCACAACACCCAGGGGAACGCAUAUUGUUCGUACCCUUGAUGAUGUGCAGGAUGGGGGCUCUUAUCUGUGCUCAGAUCAGAAGAAAGUCAAGCCUUUUAACUUGGAUGACGUCCAUAAGCGACAGGUCCCUUGGAACACUACCAGACCUGUCAGCGUGGGACGGCAAGCACGCAGAGAACUGGUCCGGCAGCUAGCAAAGAGAAAUGAAGUGACUACAAGGGCGGGAAAAAUGGCAGAAAAUACAGUGGUGGUACGAACACCGAAAAGACUGACAGUGUACAAAAACAGGGAUCCAAGCAUGAAGCGAGUAAUAGUUCUUCAUAGGAGAACAGCCCCAAAUUUUGAAGGUCUUUUGGAUUAUCUUUCUCAAGUGAUGCAGUUCCCAGUUGUGAAGCUUUACACAGAAGAUGGCAGACGAGUUGAAGGACUUCCUGCCCUUAUCUUGUGCUCUGGGAUUGUUGUGGCAGCUGGUAAUGAACCCUUCAGAGCAGGGAACUACAAUCUCCAAGCUCCCACUAAAGUCCAGUCAAGGAUAUCUGAAUCUGUGCAUCCAACACAAACUGAGACACUGCUAGAAGAAAAAAAGAUUCCAGCAGGGACUAUUUCAAGAUCAAGGAAUUUCUCUUUAUCUUCCGAGAGGUUCCUUGUAGAGCAGAUCAAUAAGUCACUAAAUGGAAAUCUGACAGAGCACAAUAGGACAAAGAAUGAAUCAAUGGAAACUGAAGGCAGUCAGCCAGUGGGAUCAGAUGAGAUGGAGACCUGUGACUGUAAGGAUGGUGUGGAGCAGAGGAAUUACCCCAUAAUGCCUACUGAAGAUGACAUUGAAAAAUCAUUCCGUGUCAAUGACGAUGGUAGCAUGACAGUGGAGAUGAAGGUGCAUCUUACUAUAAAACAAGAGGAAAUGAUCCACUGGACAACUACACUGAGCCGCACUUCUGUUAAUAACCAGCAGAGGGCAGCAGUGUGCAAUUCCAUGCCACAAUCCGGUGCAAACUCAUUAGAUGUAACCAAUGACUCAGGCAAGGAAUCGAAUGGACCUCACAGCCUAGAUUCUAAAGAAAUCAAUACAGUCGUUAACAAAUCUGUAGAAUUCAUCAAAGAAGAAAGGGAACAUUAUGGCAGUGAUACAUCAUCUGAAAAGCCUAAGUCCAUCUACAGAAGGCUACCCACUCCAGGUCCCAGACAACGAAGAAAAGAGGCCUCAGUCGAAAACAUCAAAAUGGUUUCAGAGACUGAAGUUCAGGAGAGUACAGUAGGUGCCUACUCAUACUUGGAGCGAACUGCUCAGGGAGAGCUGACGGAGGGUUACUGUGUGGUCAGUCGCAGCAGUAGCAGCAGCACAAGAACUGUAUCAAAACCUGGGAAGAGUGAAUCAGGGGAGGUUAAACAGAAGAAGUCUCACUCCUCCUUUAGAUCCUCAGGGGUUGCAGAGAUUCUUCAGCUGCAAAACAACGGGGCAAUGGGAAUAACAGAGACUGUGGUGCACAUAUAUGAAUCACAGGGUACUUGUGACAAUUACAAUGCAAAUACACAGGUGUAUGUGGACAACAAGCCUGGAUAUCACACAAAAGCUUUGCCUCAAAGUAAGCCAGGCUCAACAGACUCAGGACCUCGUUCAUCAAGUAAUGAUUGUGAUGUAGAUCUCACUAGGCAGUCCACAAGUUCCAACUCGCAGGAUGGUGGAAAAUCUAAUAUGCUCUCAUUGUCAUCUGCCUGUUCAACACCUCCAAAAAAAUUAAACAACAAUCCAUUCGUCCUCACUGAUGAUGAAAAACAAACCUUGGUUGAGUGCAUGUCUGAAAUGACUGAAAAGGAAAUUAUGCAUCCAGCAUCAGCAAUGGAACAAGUGUCUGAUGAUAAAAGCAUUGUUAGUAAUAAAAAUAAUACACCAAAGUCCAAAAAAUCAAAGAAAAGUACUUCUUCUGAAUCAUCUGGAUUUGGGAAAAAAAUAAGGGGCAGUGCUCCAGGGUCCUCAAGAGACCUCCAAAUGACUUCAGACACACUGAGCCACACGGGAUCAGAGAAAAAGACUAGCUUAGCAGAAAGUGAUAGACGUGAACACAAAGCUGUAAGAGACAAAAACAAGAAGGCAAAAGCAUUUGAAAAUUCUCCAAAGAUUAGAAACCUGAAUCUAAAUAAUGGGAAUCAAAGUAGCUCUGAUAAAGAUCUCAAGUUAAAAGAUAAAACCAUCAAAGACAUUUCCCACAAAGUAAACACAAAUGACCGUGACUCACAAGGUCCUAAACUAAAGAAGAAUACUUUAGAUAUUCAAUCGCCAGCCCAUCCAGCUCCCGCAGUAAAGAGGCUGCCGAAACAAAGGUCAGUGAAUGGUGUCAGAUCAAAAUCUUCUAAACAAAAACAGGAGUUGAGUGAAAGUGUGUCAUUGCCUGUUCUACAAUUGUCAUCCUGCAGUGUAAAUCAAUAUGUUGAAAGCUGGCUAAAUAAAAUUGAACCUGAAUCUGUGCCCUAUGAUGAUGAGACAAACCAUCCAGAGAUUGUACCAAGAGCAGUUUUCCAGAUAGGGAGCAACUCCACUGAUAACUCUGAGAAUAAAAGUGACCCUGAAAAGGAUAGUGUAGAUGUUGAAGGCUCUUCUCUAGAAGAUAAUGCUGAUGAAAGGCCAGCAUCUCGCCCACCUGUACAAAUCAGAUGUGAGGGAGAGCCAACCGAGCCACAGAGGCCGAUGGGAUUUUGUAAAUCGAUGCCUAUUUUGAGGGUACCGUCUGAACAGGACAGUCUUGAAAGAAUGCACAAGUCAUCUGAGAACUUGGUUCCCCCCGACCCUUUUGAGACAUCACAAAGUGCAGAGAUCAAGGUUAGGUCAGGCAUGAAUCCGGUUUUGCAACAGUUGUGCUUGUCUGUUCAGUCCAUCAAGCGGGCAUUGAGUCAGACCAGCUUAACACCUUUGGAAAAGGAAAAGUCCAGUAGCCUCCCUGAUUUUUCCUCUCAGGUGGCCUCUGCCUUUGGUUCUCCCUCGAGAGCUCUUCUGUCUUUCUUGUCACUGAUGACUCUGAGAGAUACAAAAGAUGAGUCACAAGCCAGCAGCUCUAAUGUCUGUCCAGAGGCCCUGCAGGUUAUGCAGUCCUUGGAAAAAAUAUCCAAUAUUAAGGAUGAGGAAGAGGUAAAGGCCAGCUUGACCAGUCUUCAAAGUUCAACUUCAUCCAAAUUAAAACAAAGCUGGAGAGAUUUCCAAGAGCAAAAUGUCUUUGAAGAUAGUCCGCCACUGUCACCAAGGUUCUCAGAGCAGGAGUUUGCCGUAGAAGUGGACUUAGAAGGAGAAACGGACGAUCAGGACAAACAGCACAGUUUUAGUAUCGAACAUUUGCUGGAUGAACUGAACAUGCCUGAAGAUCUUCAUAGAGAGAUUUCCUCUCUUGUUGAAGGCGAUGUACAGUAUUUUAAUCAAGCAGACUUAAUCAAACAUGAUAAUACCACCAGUGAAAUAUCAGGUAAGGAAAAGGAAAAUGAAGAUGGCUCCUUAGGUGGUAGUUUAGAGAAAGCUGCUGACAUGGAAGAGGAAAAUGAGAAUAUCGGCCAAGACGAUGACAAAACCAAUGAUGAUGAUCCAGUGGAACCAGAAUCUCAGGAACUGUGUUUAAUUCAAGCUCAUUCCCCUGAAUCAGAAACUAUAGAAGAGGACCUGGGUAAUGAAGAUUCUGGUAUAGCAGUGCCCAUUCAAUCACCUGAGGGUAAUGGUAGUGAUACGAGUAAACCAGAGGUUUUAGAAAUAUCUGAUAACAACCAAAUGAAUGCAGAGAACAUACAAGAAAGGGUAAUGUAUGUAGACUCAGAACCUGAAAGCAAAGACAAUGAAGCAAAUCGUUCUCCAAGAUCAGAACAAAAGAUAACAGAUGUAGCUGCAGAAGAACAUUCUGAGCUCUCUGAUCACCAAGACAAUAUGAUUGAAAGAGAGGACAAUGUAACGCCAGAGAUUAUAAAAGAACGAGACACUGAUGUAGAGGAGGAGGAGACCGUUCAGAAUAUCAGGGUAGCUAGCGAACACUCAGAUGCUUUAGAACCUAAUGACACAAAUGCCAAACGCUCAUGUUCAGCAUCAGAAACUGAGUGUGUGCCAGUUUCAGACAGAGAGGUAGAUGAGCUAAAUGAGGACAAUCAGUACAAUACAAUUGAGGACUGUGUCAGAGAGGAAGGCGAUCUUUCUGAUUCUGAGGAAACGAUUAGUGAUGGAGGACCUGAGCAAGAAAACAAGUCAGAAUCAGAAUGUAAGUCUAUUCAUUCAGAGCCCCCAGAGAUAUCAUCACCUCAUCGUGAUACAGAGGGUGAAUGUAGAGAGCAAACGACUAGUGAUGGAGGACAUGAUCAAGAAAUCAAGUCAGAAUCACAAUGUAAGUCCAUUCACUCAGAGCUGACAGGGACAUCAUCGCCUCGUCAUGAUACAGAAGGUGAAUGUUCUGUCAGAGAGGAAGCUGAUCUUUCUGAUUUUGAGGAAACGAUUAGUGAUGGAGGACCUGAACAAGAUAACAAGUCAGAAUUAGAAUGUAAGUCUACCCACUCAGAGCCCCCAGAGAUAUCAUCACCUCAUCGUGAUACAGAGGGUAAAUGUAGAGAGCAAAAGACUAGUGAUGGAGGACCUGGGCAAGAAAGCAAGUCUGAAUCGGAAUGUAAAUCCAUUCACUCAGAGCUGACAGAAAUAUUAUCGCCUCAUAGUGAUACAGAGGGUGAAUGUUCUGUCGGAGAGGAAGCUGAUCUUUCUGAUUUUGAGGAAACAAUAAGUGAUGGAGGACCUGAGCAAGAAAAUAAGUCAGAAUCAGAAUAUAAGUCCAUUCACUCAGAGCCCCCAGAGAUAUCAUCACCUCAGCAAGACACGGAAGGUGAAUGUAGAGACCAAGCAUCUAGCGAUGGAGAACAUGAGCAAGAAAACAAGUUAGAAUCAAAGUGUAAGUCCAUUCACUCAGAGCCCUCAGAGACAUCAUCGCCUCAUCGUGACACAGAGGGUGAAUGUAGAGAGCAAACGACUAGUGAUGGACCUGAGCAAGAAAACAAGUCAGAAUCAGAAUGUAAAUCCAUUCACUCAGUGCCACCAGAAAUAUCAUCACCUCAUCGUGAUACAGAUGGUGAAUGCUCUGUCAGAGAGGAAGCUGAUCUUUCUGAUUUUGAAGAAACACUUAGUGAUGGAGGUCCUGAGCAAGAAAACAAGUCACAAUCAGAAUGUAAGUCUAUUGACUCAGAGCCCCCAGAGAUAUCAUCACCUCAUCGUGAUACAGAGGGUGAAUGUAGAGAGCAAACAUCUAGUGAUGGAGGACAUGAGCAAGAUCACAAGUCUAAAUUAGAAUGUAAGUCUAUUCACUCAGAGCCCUCAGAGACAUCAGUGGCUGAUUCUGAUACAGAAUGUGAAUAUGUAGAGCAAACAUUAGACUCAUCCAGCCAAGAAGAUGAUCAGGUGAUGUCUCCAGAAGUCAAAGAUGCAGAUCAACAAGAAGAUGCUCCAGAGGUCUCAGAAGGUGAGGAUCCUCAUCCACACUGCAUCAGCAGCUGUCAAUAUGUUAGUAAUGAUGAAAAUGUUACUCCUGAAGCUGAAUACGGGAAAAUGCAAGAGACUGAAAAUGGGCUUAUGGAAGAACAUGGCGUUAAUGAAGUGGACCAUAAGAACUCUGAAGUUUGUGAACGAGUAGAUCCAGAUGCUGAAGCAGGCUCUUGUACAAUCUCUGAUCCUGAAGUUGCGGAUGAGGAUGUGACAGAAACAAAGCCAAACACAAGUGAUUCCGAACAAUGCGAAGUCCAGACAUUAGAGGAAGGUAGUCUCAAUAAAAAGGACAGUUCUGCUGAGGAGUGUGAUGUAGAAGAGGAAGACUACGAAUGUUUGCUUGAUUCUCAUAAUAACGUGAACGUUGUUAGACACUCGUGUACUGAUACAAAAGAUUCUGUGGAUGGGGAGUCAUGCGGCAGUAUGAGUAUGAGUGAGCACCAGUUUGAGAAGGUUGAGAGUUUGGGUAUGGAACAUGGCUAUCAUUAUCUACUACAACCAACUGAGAUUUCACAAGAGCUGUUAGACAUAAUUAAUUCAGCUUUGUUGUCCUCCACCCUGACUGUCACAAGUGAUUCAAAUGGCAACCUUAGAAUAGAGCCAGACAAAUGCAAAAUGAGGGAGAUGUUUAUGGCUUGCCAAAGGACAGAUGAUCAGUAUGGUCAAAAAUGUCUCCCAAGCCCCAGUACUUCAGAUCUGUCUGAUUACAGGCCUGAGACAUCUGACAAUGGUGGGUACCAGUCACAGGAGCUCUUUACGGAAAGUGGAGAAGAAGCGGAGGAGAGGUUACGGAUCUUUCGAGAAAUUAUAAAACAAAGUUCAGAGAAACCAAAAAGAAUAAACCAUGUAAAAGAGAACAGCUCGAUGAAAUCAUCUACAUGGAUGACAGCAAAACCUACUUCCAGUCCAAGUUUAAAAAGCAGCAGUCUUGCUUCUUUUCAGGAUGCUAAAAGUGCAAUCCAAGAGACUGUAUUCCAUAGUAGAUCGCCAAGUGAUAAAAGUUCACUUGACGGAGACUCUAAGUCGGUACAGUGCAUGGCUUUAAAAGAUAACGUGGAUGCCAGAGAAGGAGUGCUGAUUGAUAAAGGCAGGUGGCUUCUCAAGGAAAACCACCUCAUCCGUAACUCUCCUCCUGUGACUAUGGGAAUGUAUGGAAAUGGAGACACCACAUCAGCUGGCACGGCUCAGGACAACAGGAGUGAGGAUUCAGCCUAUCCAUAUUGUGAAAACCAAGCCUCGCCUCUGGCUGUAAUAUCUUCUUCUGAGUUGGAGGACAUGGCUAAGCCCCCUACACCAAAGUGUACGUACUUUAAUAUGUCACAUAGCAGUGACUCUGAUCCUCUCUUGGAUGCUCGAAGUGUCAAUAAUGGCAACGGUGGAAGGGACUCUAGGAGAAACAAAGAACUUAAGGUAUCUCCGAUGGGUGAGUCUUCUAAAGUGUGGGCAAAGAAAAAUGGAAGCAUGUCUUCAUUCGCAUCUGUUGAGUUCAAACUGCCUGAUGGGAAAGUUCAUCCUCAGGAGGGGUCGGGAUCGGGUACUAACAGAUCUCAGAGUCAAGACAGUUGUAGAGUACAAGAGGAGGAGUCGAGGGAGGGGCUAAAUCUCAGGUGUGGGCAGCACUGCCCAAUACUAUAGUUCA